AUGGUAACCAGCAUUCUUAGGCCUACAGUGUACCUACCCACACGGAAUCUCUUCACCCGAAUCCUCGGCCGUGAUUUUGCAACAGUUACAGCUGUGAUGGCGACUUUUAUUGUAUCCGCGUUAAUGCACGAGAUAAUAUACUAUCAUAUUGGGCGCGUGAGUCCCAGUUUUGAGGCCACGUGGUUCUUUCUGAUUCAUGGAUUUUGUCUUUGUGUUGAGAUUACAGUGAAAAAGUAUGGAAGAGAGAGAAAAUGGUGGGUCCCACCAAGGUGGUUUUCCGGCGGAUUAACGGCGGCGUUUGUGGUGGGGAGUGGGUUUUGGUUGUUCUUGCCGCCAUUGUUGAAUGCUGGUUUGGAUUCGAGGGGGCUUGGGGAGUACGCGGUUGUUGGCGCGUAUGUUAAGCGAGUUAUGAGUUUAGUCCUUUAA